GAAGUUGACAGCCCACUGCGGUGUGAAAGGGACAAAACAAGGGACCUUUAAACUCCUAAAAACAUAUAUUUUGGGCUUAAUCCUAUCAGGAAUACUUUUUUGGACGCACAGAAGGAAGUUACAGCGGGACAUUUCUUCUUGUAAAUUGCUCCUCACACCUUGCUUUCAAUAUGGACUCCUCUCCAGUCCUUCGUCAACAAAGCCACAACAAAAUCCGCAGUGAGUUGACGAGAACAAAGAAUGAAAAUAACAAAAUGCCUGCACACCCAAAGCCUUCCAAACUCCUCUCUGCACAUCACCUUUCCAACCAUAAUAUUGAGAAUCAGGAUCCAGUCAAAUCAGAAAUGGGUCGGAGGGCAGCCGUGCGACCAGGUAUUAGUCGGCUUCCUGUGCUUGCCAAGUCCCUUCAUCUUCAGACCACAUCCGACUUCGGUCGAUCUCAUUAUAAGUGGGAGGACAAACCUCUUGCUGGGAAAACGAGGAAGAAAAAGCGUUACACCAGGGUUGUACCUUUCAACUUUUGUCAGCCCAAGAGCUCGAGACUGGGCCAUGAAAAUCAAGAGCCUUGCACUGUGUCACUAUCAAGAACUGGCACUAAUGCUGAUAACAGUGUAUGCAAUUCUCAUCUUAAAACCCAAAACGUAAAUGCAAAGCCUACUAAACAUCCGGCUGCCUUAAUGCAAAAUAUAGAUUUAACCAAAGGAACAGGGACAUUUAAAGGAAAGGCUAUUCCUAAUAACGCUGUGCCUCAGAGCAAAGAGGAUUCUUCUGCAGAGCCUGCUGUUAGUGCAGAUUCCUGCUCGGAUAACAUGAGCCUGCUCAGUCUCAAAGAUCCAGCCAAGACAUCCCAUGCUACCCAGAACAUGCAGCUGACCGCGCAGCACCCCAAAAGUUCAACCGACAAAGGGGAUAACUUCCAGUCGGAUCACGCUGCUUUGCUCAGUAUCCUCUGUAAUGAAGGACUGAGUGCCACAGGUCUGGGAUCUACAACUCCACACUCAAAACUGUAUAACAAUCUGCCCCAGAGAGUGUCUAUCAUGAGUAGUCGACACAAAUCAGGACCCAUUUCAGGAUUCAUGAAGUCUGGGCAGUCCUCCCCAGACGUUGCUGCACUGCAAAGUAUCCUGCAGAAUGAAGGAGUGAAGGCUGAAUGGCCUCUGGGGGCCACGCCCAGAAUCUCUGUCUGUCCAGGCAGAGGCACGUCAAUCAUAAAUGCUCAGAGAGUGCCGGUUAGAAAGAAUCGUGCGGAGGCAACCGAGGGACCAGUAGUUCGAGCACUCAAAGAGACUCCGCAGAAGCAAUGGACCCCUCAGAGGGUCCCCAGCACCAGACAUCGGCCCAUGUCUGCUAUGAAAUGGCCUCUGUCAUCACAUCAGUCACCAUUCGCCAUCACUCCCGGGCUGCAGCGCUGCAAAUCCAACCUUAAACCACAAAAGAAGGAGAUCAUGCAGAGGUUAUUUGAUGAUGAGGAGGAAGAGCAGAGCACACAUGUGGCCGACAAACAUCCUGAGAAACGAGCAGAGCAGCUCCCGACUCAAAACGCAACUGCUAAAGCGCACGAUGAAGUAAAGGUAGAAGCGAGCGGGGUCAGCACCGACAGGGAUGAAGAGGAGGAGCAGAGGAUUGUGGGACGACAGCCAUUCUUCCAAGCACCGCAGAGAGAGUCUGUCAUUUUUUUCUCGACGGGCAAAACGUUGCGAAGAGCUCCACGUUUUGAGAAGCAGGAGAGCUCCGUCCGCCAGGAGGAGCAUGGCCCGGUGCUGCCCGUACAUGAAGAGACGAGGCCUGCGUCUGCCUGUCAGAUCAACCCUGCACAAAGUCUGCACAAAGACCUCAUAUCCCAGAAGCCUUCUACUCUGAGUUUAGCCAUGGCGCUGCUGCGGAAGCGUCUUUCUGCUCCGGAGGAGCUGCGUAUGGACGAGGAGGUGGCCUCCUACUGUUCUGUCCCUAACGCUCCCUGCCUCCUCCCCCCCUGGCCCCGCUGUGAGAACCCCCUGGCUUACACACUGCACUUCCAAGAGUCCUUUACAUUUGUUCCAAUCGGCUUGUCCGGCUGUUCUUCUCCGAGCAGCUCCCCGCUGCAGGAGAGAUGACUUUGCACUACAAGUACAGUAUUUGUGUUACUGGUAAUAUCCGGAGGAGAUGAGGUCCCUCUGGAGUACUGAUAAUACUUUUUAAAUUGAACUGAUUGGUCCCCACACUGUUGUUGUCAGCCUUAACUAAAGUCCAAAGAACGCUGCUAGUUAAAUUGUGUUAGAUACCUUUUUGUUUUUUUGAAUCUUUAUAACUGAGCUCAUUAAAUGCUUUCCUAAGAAAAUAAAAAUACUCUGUUAAAUGAUGCAUAUUUUAAACAGUAGGCACUCUAAUAAAACUAAUACAUAUUUUAAAAGGUAAUUAAAGACUUAAUCAGUGUUAAAGCUUUUGUAUACAGAUAGAUUAGGAUGGCUCAGAGCGUCACACUAGAGUUAUUUGUGUUUUCUUUAUGUACAGUGUUUAUAAUAAAUGUAUAUGUAACUGUC